CAAGUCUACCAGUGCAUGGGAUGGCUCCCCACAACCACAAAUGAUCAGCCCUCCUGUCCAUGGCCUGACUGGGAAAUCUGGCAGCAAAGGAAGCUCUUGGAAGACUAUGUCUACUUCGAGAACUCAUCUAGCAAUCCAUACCUGAUCCGCAGGAUUGAAGAGCUCAACAAGACGGCCAACGGGAACGUGGAGGCCAAGGUGGUGUGCUUCUACCGCAGGCGGGACAUCUCGAGUACCCUCAUCGCCCUGGCAGACAAGCACGCAACCCUGUCAGUCUGCUAUAAAGCCGGACCGGGGGCGGACACCGGCGAGGAAGGAGAGGUGGAGGAGGAGGUGGAGAACCCAGAGAUGGUGGACCUACCUGAGAAGCUGAAGCACCAGCUGCGGCACCGGGAGCUCUUCCUGUCCCGGCAGCUGGAGUCACUCCCUGCCACUCACAUCAGGGGCAAGUGCAGCGUCACCCUGCUCAACGAGACUGAGUCACUGAAGUCCUACCUGGAACGUGAGGAUUUCUUCUUCUAUUCUCUAGUCUACGACCCCCAGCAAAAGACCCUCUUGGCUGAUAAAGGGGAGAUUCGAGUGGGAAACCGGUACCAGGCCGAUAUCACUGACCUGUUGAAGGAAGGGGAGGAGGAUGGCCGUGACCAGUCCAAACUGGAGACCAAGGUGUGGGAGGCCCACAACCCGCUUGUAGACAAGCAGAUUGACCAGUUCCUCGUGGUGGCCCGCUCUGUGGGUACCUUUGCACGGGCCCUGGAUUGCAGCAGCUCCGUGCGACAGCCCAGCCUGCACAUGAGCGCUGCAGCAGCCUCCCGAGACAUCACCCUGUUCCACGCCAUGGACACGCUGCACAAGAACAUCUAUGACAUCUCCAAGGCCAUUGCAGCCCUUGUGCCACAGGGUGGGCCGGUGCUCUGCAGGGAUGAGAUGGAGGAGUGGUCAGCAUCUGAGGCCAACCUUUUUGAGGAAGCCCUGGAAAAAUACGGGAAGGAUUUCACAGACAUUCAGCAAGAUUUUCUCCCGUGGAAGUCGCUUACUAGCAUCAUCGAGUACUACUACAUGUGGAAGACCACCGACAGAUAUGUCCAGCAGAAACGCUUGAAAGCAGCUGAAGCAGAGAGCAAGUUAAAGCAAGUUUAUAUUCCCAACUACAACAAGCCAAACCCAAAUCAGAUCAGCGUCAACAACGUUAAAGCCAGUGUGGUGAAUGGCACCGGGGCGCCAGGCCAGAGCCCUGGGGCUGGCCGGGCCUGCGAGAGCUGUUACACCACACAGUCUUACCAGUGGUAUUCUUGGGGUCCCCCUAACAUGCAGUGUCGCCUCUGCGCAUCUUGUUGGACAUAUUGGAAGAAAUAUGGUGGCUUGAAAAUGCCAACCCGGUUAGAUGGAGAGAGGCCGGGACCAAACCGCAGUAACAUGAGUCCUCACGGCAUCCCCGCCCGGAGCAGUGGGAGCCCCAAGUUUGCCAUGAAGACACGGCAGGCCUUCUACCUGCAUACCACCAAGCUGACGCGGAUCGCCCGGCGCCUGUGCCGCGAGAUCCUGCGCCCGUGGCAUGCCGCCCGCCAUCCCUACAUGCCUAUCAACAGUGCGGCCAUCAAGGCCGAGUGCACUGCCCGGCUGCCCGAAGCUUCCCAGAGCCCACUGGUGCUGAAGCAGGUGGUGCGGAAGCCCCUGGAAGCCGUGCUCCGGUAUCUUGAGACCCAUCCCCGCCCCCCAAAGCCUGACCCCGUGAAGAGCACAUCUGGUGUGCUUAGCAGCCUGACCCCCGCCAAGUCAGCCCCUGUCAUCAACAAUGGCUCCCCCACCAUUCUGGGCAAGCGGAGCUAUGAGCAGCACAAUGGUGUGGACGGCAACAUGAAGAAGCGCCUCUUGAUGCCCAGUAGGGGCACUUACCUGGGUCUGGCAAACCAUGGACAGACCAGGCACAUGGGACCAAGCCGUAACCUGCUGCUCAAUGGAAAGUCAUACCCCACCAAAGUGCGCCUGAUCCGGGGGGGCUCACUGCCCCCAGUCAAGCGGCGACGGAUGAACUGGAUCGAUGCCCCAGACGACGUGUUUUACAUGGCCACUGAGGAGACCAGGAAGAUCCGCAAGCUUCUGUCAUCCUCGGAGACCAAGCGUGCCGCCCGCCGGCCCUAUAAGCCCAUCGCCCUGCGCCAGAGCCAGGCCCUGCCACUGCGGCCACCCCCACCCGCGCCGGUCAACGACGAGCCCAUUGUCAUUGAGGAUUAGGUGGCCACCUGCCCCUGGCUCGCCUGGCCCUCCGCCAGCCCCCAUGUCCGUGUCUGUGAGGCCUGCACGGCUGGGCGGCCUCCUCCCCUGCCAGCGCUGCCCACCCACCCUGCACCCUGCACCCUGUGCCCUGCGUUUCAGUAGUGCCCACCUCCUGCCCUCCCUCGCAGACCGCUCCUUCGGCGGACAUCGGAGAAGAAGUACGCUUUAACUUAUUCCAAGAACGCCAAGGAGUUGUUUUUUUAGCUUUGUGUUUACUUUUUGGCUGGAGCAGAGAGGAGGGAUGGCCUCAGCCCUGCGUGCUGUGGGGCUCUUGCUUGGGGCCAGGCCCAAGGUUUUUGUUGUGUUUUGUUGAAGGUGCCAUUUUAAAUUUUAUUUUUAUUACUUUUUUUGUAGAUGAACUUGAGCUCUGUAACUUACACCUGGAAUGUUAGGAUUGGUGCAGCUGGCGGUGGCCAGGCUGCCUGGCAGGGUUGGCCCCUUGUCUUUUCAAGUAAUUUUCAUAUUAAACAAAAACAAAGAAAAAAAAUCUCAUAAAAAGGAAAAACCCA